AUGGCUUCGGAUUUGCUCUUGGUCGUGGACGAUAACUCUGGCAACUUUACUUUCUCUGGAGGUUGGGCUGCGAAUAGCUUGGUGCAGUGGUAUGGCGGAACGUCUCGCCAGUUGCAGGAGGGAAACUAUCCGGAUCAGGCGGGGUCUUUCAGCUUCGACUUUGAAGGCACGUCAGCUGCAUUUUUUGGCGUUACGCCUUCGCCUUCAGCCCUUCAGAACAUAACAGUGUCUAUUGAUGGAGCAGCCCCUACGACUUCAGGAUUCGGAGACCCCGCCCUACGCUCCUAUCGUCAAUGGUACCAGUCACCAGAACUUCUAGAUGGAGAGCACACGAUUGCAAUAUCCGGCGUCGAAGGCAUUUCUAUUGAUUAUGCGGUCGUACGAGCAAGUAGUAGCACCUCACUUAGAGACAAGCGAGUCAUUGUCGACGACGACGAUCCUUCCGUUCGUUACAGCGGAAACUGGGUACGAAACGGGGACGAGUUCAAGGCAGGUCAUAUUCCCAGCGGCACCCCUUUUCAGAACGGAACCCACCGAUCUUGGGUUGUAGGAGACAAAUUUUCCUUUGAUUUCACAGGAUCAUCAGUCGCUGUAUACGGGAUUUUCUCCUGGGAUCUGUUGGGGUUGUUAUCGGCCACGUACACCCUUGAUGGAACAUCUCUUUCGCAAACGUAUUCGGUCACAGCGAGUUCCCCGGAAUAUCUCAACAACGUAGGGGAAGCACCGAAUUUCCUAUUUUAUUCAAUGGAUCGACUAUCUCCCGGUGAACACAAGCUAGACAUCGAGAUAACGCAUUCCGACAACCAAUCCUUCAUUCUGGACUUCAUAACGUACUCUCCUUCCUUUGAUUCUAUUUCUCGGGUGCCGGCCCCGUCCAUUUCGUCGUCGUCGUCAAAACCUUUGACUACUACUUCUGGGAGUAACGGAAGGAUAUACAACCCGAAGACCUCCUCGACGCCUGAGAGUAACUUUGAGUCGACUGGGGAAAAGAUAUCCCCUGAAGCGAUCGUAGGAAUAGUUGUUGGAGCUUUGGCGUUCCUCGCAUUGAUCGGAAUAUUUAUAUUCUGCAUUCUGAGGCGACGGGUAAAGAAGGGACACAGAAAGUGUGCAAGCGAUGACUACUCACGGCCACUUAUUUCAGAAAAGCUUCCCCCCGUACGGCGCAGCUUCUUGAACAGGCUCUCACUCGGACCUUACAGGCCCACCAUCACGCCGUACAUGCAGACGCAUACUAAUUGGACGUCUCAGGCACCUCAGACUGCCCAGCAGCGAACCUUCUCCCAAUCACCAGAACUUCGUUCACAUGAACCAAGGGCACAGGCGCGGCCGGUAAUACCUCCAAUCCUGACGAAUAGUGCCUCAAGACCUGCUUUUGGGCCGGCCAGUUCCGCCCUGGCUCCUCCAACUGAUGGCGUCACAAAUACACUUCAACCACAGACCAGAUUCGCUCCUCUCCGAAGAGGGGCAGGUGCACCCUCGAGUGCGGGGCGAAAGCUGGGCCUAGCUUCAGGACUGGUUCCAGCAGCACCAGCGGGAGCAAGACCACGCAUGGGCGAUACAAUAAGACCAGCAACCAGCGCAGACAGCUUGACUCGAUCCCAGGAGAAUUGCGCCCGAUCUGCGAGCUACCAUUCAACUUACACAGCGCGGCCUGGUGGAUUUGGAUCCUCCACUACAUCAAUUCCCGUGCGAAGGGGUUUCUCGGAGUCUUCCUCAUCGCGCGAUGCACCCGCGGUUCAAAUUCAUCAUGCGUAUCAACUCCUGCAAAGCUCCGGGAUGACCUCAGUGUCAGAGGCCAGUCCUCGUGGUGUUCGACGGGAGGCGGAGACACAGCAGACCGUGCAGCCCUACCAGCGACCUCCACUGGUACUGGUCGGAAUGCGGCCCGCAGACAAUACGCCUCCGAGCACUGGAUCUGUCGACUCCCAGCGGUCGCAGUCACCGCCUUGCAUCGAUCCCAGUCUGGCGGAUAAUGCGCCGCUGUCUACGCAUACGAGAUUGACGCCAGUGCGACGGACCUUCGUGUGUGAGCCUCCCGCGAGCGCGCCGGCGUCGUUGAGCCGGACGCCUUCGUCACCCCUGGCCAAUUUGUUUCCUCGUUUGACCUCCAUCUGGCGUCGUGGGUCCCGCGACAUGCCUGAAGAUGUCGGCGAGGAUGAGGACGAUGUUCCGCCUGCCUACCAUACCCUCUCGGCGCGUCAGUCUUCGGCCAUAUCGCCCCGAAGCGGGCGGCCCUUGCCUUCCUGUCCUCUGUGA